UCCUAGGUUUCUUUAACUGAAAACAACAUUUUUUUUGGUAACAACUUUUCUCUGGGUUCUGAACACAGCAUAUAACAGUCAACUUCCACUCUAGACAUACGUCACAUCCGCCACAGUGCUAGCGAGUUUUGUAAAAGAUGGCGGCCGCGCAGUUAACGGAUGAGGAGCUUUUCUCUGAGUUAAAGCGUUUUGGAUUCUCUGCUGGUCCGGUCACAGAAAAUACACGCCCAGUGUAUUUGAAGAAACUGAAAAAGCUUCGUGAAGAGCAACAACAGCGGGGCUCUAGGUUGGCGAAAACCCGCAACAGCGGCAGCAUCAACAGCAAAAGUGGUGGCGGUGGCAACAGAAGCAGCCGUUCGGGAUUCGGAGCCAGGCCAGCUAAUAAUGACGUCACGCACCUGAGCUCAAGCAGGACGCUAGAAAUUUGUCCAGGUCUGAGGCAUACUGUAGGAGCAGGAAAGUUUGUUAUGGGCUUCAGCUCCGACGAAUCGGACGUGGAAACACCCCAGAAAAGAAAAAGCUUGAACCACAGCAGCAGGAAAGACCGUGACUCGGGAUAUAAACAACAACCACAGAUCAGGCCUUCCGGAGUAACCGCCACCGCUCGAAAGAGUCAUGGACCGGUCGCUCUGAGUAACGUUAACAGCAACAAUUCCUCUCUCGGUCUGGACAUCCAGAGAAGCGGUUCCGACAUUCAUGGGUGCGGAGUUCGGUCAAAAUCUAGCCUCGAUGUGUCGCAGCCCACAGAGCCGUGGGGGAGGGGUUACGAGGAGCCUGGGGUGGAGGGCGAUUAUGAGGGAGAAGCAGAGGAUUCGCAGUCUCUAAAUGGAAGCCGGACGUCCACAUUGAACACCAAUAAAAUAGCCGGGGAUUAUUCGGACGAGGAUGAGGACGAGUGCCUGUCUGCGCCGGAUCGACAACGCGUCCGGCGUCCAGCCUUCAAACGGAGUCAUCCGAUAGCUGCUUCACCUUGCCACAGAGGUGUCGUGGGGUCUGAGGGUGGGCAGGAAAACACCACAAGCAGACCGAAUGACAUGCAUCGUGCUUGGAGUUCAGAUUUGGCCGAAGAUCGGCUGGAGGGGGAGGAAGAGAGCUGGAAGAAGAGAGGCCCGGGCGAAGUGGCCCUGAGUGGUGGUCUGCUGAACCUCAAUUACUGCAGGGGGUCCAUCGACGUGUCCCCCACAGGGGAUCCUGCAAGGGAGACCAGCAAGAGCCCCUCAGGCUACAGCAAAAAUCAUGUCGACAGCGAAGACGGAGCCACCCCAAGCAACAUCACCAGUAGGUUAAGCAUCGGUUUGAGACCACGCUUCUCCAGCUACAACACACUCUCCCGAAUCUACCGGGCCAACCACUCCAACCACAUCUCCCCUAACCAUGCAUACGGAAAGGAAACGCUCAACCAGAAACGGUCUGUACCAGAGGACGAGCUGCUCCAGCAGUUCAAACGAGAAGAGGCGUCCCCUUUCAGCGCCCACUACCUGUCCAUGUUCCUAUUGACAGCCGCUUGCCUCUUCUUCCUGCUCCUGGGCUUCAUGUACCUGAGGAUGAGGGGGUCAGGCGCCACAGAGGUGGAUGCAGUCAUUAAGAGCCACCCUUUUGGCAGCGAUUUUGACUAUUCCUAUAGCAAGACCGAAAAGGAGCUCAUUCUGAAACUCCUGCUCAAUCUCCACGACCACUUAGCCCAUAUUGCUGGUGAACAUGACUGUGGAGAUCAGCAGCAUCAUCCAAACAGAAGUCUGUCUAUAGAAGAUGCAUCUGCAUAUUUGGUAGGUCAAAAUCAGGAGUUUGGUGACUUGUUUCUUGUAUCCCUUAAAUGGAUUAUUCGGACAGGCGAGGAUGUUGGAAUAAGGCUGACGGGGGUCGACUCUGACAAUCCAGUGUCUGAUGUGUCUGAGAUCUCCCGGCUGGAGUCCACGCAUCCCAAGAUGUCCUUCAUCUGCCGGUUUCGACGAGCCUUCUUCACAGUUAUCAACAGAGCCCUCUUCAUCCUGGCAGUGGUUGGGUUUGCCUGGGCUCUGGUUUAUUACAUGAAGUACCGCUGGAGAAGAGAUGAGGAGGAGAACGGACAGAUGUAUGACAUGGUGGAGAAGAUCAUUGAUGUGCUGAGGAGUCACAACGAGGCUUGCCAGGAAAACAAGGACCUGCACCCCUAUCUGCCCAUACCCCACAUUCGGGAUUCCCUCGUCCAGCCUCAGGAUCGGAAGAAAAUGAAGAGAGUGUGGGACAGGGCUGUUACCUUCCUCUCUGCAAAUGAGUCGAGAAUCCGCACCGAGUCACAGCGGAUUGGUGGAACAGAUUUCCUGGUCUGGAGGUGGAUUCAGCCCUCGCUGAGCUGUGAGAAGAUAUUAAUCCCUUCCAAAGUCUGGCAGGGAAAAGCAUUUCCCCUUGACAGGAGGAACUCUCCUCCUAACAGCCUCACACCGUGUCUGAAGAUCAGAAACAUGUUUGAUCCGGUCAUGGAGGUUGGAGAGAACUGGCAUUUGGCUAUCCAUGAGGCCAUCCUAGAGAAGUGCAGUGACAACGACGGAAUCGUCCACAUUGCUGUAGACAAGAAUUCACGUGAGGGCUGUGUCUACGUGAAGUGUCUUUCUGCAGAGCACUCGGGGAAAGCCUUCAAGGCACUUCAUGGCUCAUGGUUUGAUGGUAAACUGGUCACGGUGAAGUACCUGCGUUUGGAUCGCUACCACCAGCGUUUCCCUCAAGCCCAGGGCUGCACCACACCCCUAAAGGCAUCGAGUACUCACAUGAACACAAUGUCUUGCCUGCAGCAGUGUACCAGUUCAGCCAACAGUUUGGGCUUUUCCCCAGAGGGGACCCUUGGAUGACCGUUUGCUCUGCCCAAAAACUCAAUGACCCUCUCUUUUUACCAAGACCCUUUUCAGCAUCACUCAACACAUCUCUGCUGCUCUUGUCCCACCCUCUUCUCCAUUUUGCUUCAUAUGUGGUGAAGGGAGAAGAUACAGGGAAAAUUCAAUUCAAGGGUUGCAUUGUCAUUCACAGGAGCACCAGCUUUGGGUUUUCAUUCCUGUGGUGAAAUACUACCCCCCCCCCGUAAAUCCGUGUUUUAAAAACAUGUAACCAUGUGAUACUCUAAACAACAAGUUGGCUGAGAGGUUGGAUGCUGGUGCUUUGCAUGAUGAAACUGCCAUCAGCUAUUUGAUGGUGAAGUGGACACUAUACUAUAUUUUUAUUUUUUAUGUCUAGGUAUUACAUGUGUAGUUGAUUAAACCAGGAAACCAACAUUUUGAUGGAACAUUUAAAAUAUUUGUGCUUAAAGGAGACUUAUUCCCUCUUUCUUCUAGAUUCUGAUCAAAAGUAGUCCCAUCAUAAGUUCAUUUGGGCAAUACUUGGAAAUAGCUGCAUGCGCCAGUGACGGCCUCUAUUUAAGCUUUGAAUUAUAACACAUACUGUGGAUGUUUAUUUCCUAAAGAUUUAUGAGGUGGUGUACUUCCUGUUAUGUAGGGUUUUUUUUAAGUCAAACAAAAAAGGCAUGCACAAAUACUUAGAUGGGUGCUGUAAAUACAUGUGAAGGGUGGCGGUACCUUAUUUAACUCAUUCACAUUAAAAGCAAACCAUAAGCUUUCAUUUCUCUUACUGCUCUCUAUUCAGUACUAAUCACGUAUGCAGCCUGAGGCAACAUGUUAUCCUGGGAGGUGGUAUCAGAGAUGUUGGUCAAGUCUAGUAAUGGUAAUAGACUAAGCUUGUAGAAAAAAGCUACAGUGUGCAAGUUCAGUGGCAUUAAUAUUUCUGGCUUGCUUGCCAAUAUUUGCCAUAUAUGGCUAAUUCUUUUCAGUCAAAAGUUACCUGAUCCAUUCCUCUUAAUUACAUUUCAGUGUAUUCUGAUGUUAAAUUCUUGUUGCGUCAAAAAUCAUGUAAUUGCGACCCACAUUUAGCUGUAUUGGAAAGUUCGUACACCUAAAUAUUGGUGACACCAGAAAUUUGAAAUGGCUUUCCAGAAGUUCACUUACAUUUAAGUUUACAUGUCAGGCCCAAAUCCCAGGGUGGUUUCACUUGAUGAGACAGACGUUUACUGCCAUGUUCAAGUUGACUUUGUCAAAGUGUUUUUGAUUUUAUCCAGUCAUGUUCCUCAACCUAAACCUCAUGAAAUAGGAGGAAGAGAUGCAACCACCUGCUUUUAGUUACUCAAGGCCCUACAAAGAGACUAUCAGACUUUUAAGUCUCUACAUGAGAUUUUUUGGGUAGGCCUGUUGUAUUCAGAAAGCGCUAUAUGGACUGCCAGAUAUAUACUUUCUCUUUCAGAAAUGCAGUGUCAUUGAAAGUGGGAUUCAGUAUUUGCUGUGGAAAUUUGUAUGAUGCACAUUUAAAAAUGUAAUGAACCUGGUGCAAACCUAUUGCAGUAGAUAAACCUAACUGUGCCUUAACUUUGUGCUUUUUAAAAUGACUGGCACUCUUACUGAAGAAUGUAUCGGGUUUAUCAUGUGUAGAAACACAUGAAAUCGUUUAAAGGGAAAGUAAGGCCUGCUAUAGACAGUUUUGUUAAAAAAGAUGACUUCACCUCCAAACCUUGACUCUUUAUAUAGUUGUUUUUCUUGGAUAUUCUACCAAAUACUCUAGGAUUUCAGCCAGGAUAAUAUUCUUGGUGAUUUUAAUGUUGUUAGGUUUUGUUUUGUUUCCAUUAUUCAUGCAAUUUUAUUCUCAAGGAGUGACCUUACCUCCACUUCAAAUGAUUGUCGGGAUAUGUAAAUAAUAAUAAAAUAAAGAACACAAUGAGAACUU